AUCUCGCUGAGACCCAAUCACAUGCGUCCAGGUCACAGGUGCAGUGUUUGUGCUGAAAAGAAUAUGGCUGCCUCAAGAAACGGGAAAAAUGGUCUGCUGGAGAAAUGGAGGAUUGAUGAGAAGCCAGUGAAGAUCGAUAAAUGGGAUGGAGCUGCUGUUAAGAACUCUCUGGACGAUGCAGCAAAAAAGGUGCUGCUGGAGAAGUACGGUUAUGUGGAGAACUUCUGGCUUGUGGAUGGGCGUCUGAUGAUCUGCACUGUGUCGUGUCUUUUCGCCAUGUUGGCGUUGGUCUGGGACUAUAUGCACCCUUUCCCUGAGUCCAGACCAGUACUCGCCUGCUGUGUCAUCUCAUACUUCAUUAUGAUGGGUGUUCUGACUCUCUACACGUCCUACAAAGAGAAGAAUAUCUUCCUGGUGGCGCUGCAGAAGGAUCCAGCGGGGAUGGAUCCUGACCAUUUGUGGACACUCUCCUCCUCCCUGAAACGGUUUGACGACCAGUACUCGCUCAGAGUUUCCUUUACUGAUGGAAAGUCCCGAUGCUCGAGGGAGGCGGAGUUUACACGCUCUGUGUCUGCUUUCUUUGAUGAGAACGGAACACUGGUGAUGGACCUGUAUGAAAAAUGUGUUUCCAAACUGCAUGACACACUGGCAUCCGACAAGAAGAUGAAAUAAUGCAGUGCUGGCAACGUUUUGUCUGUGAUGUUUGGGUGAAAUUUUGAUGUUGGCCACAAACGGACAUGAUGUCACUGUGUGGUUAUUCAUGACAUUUAUAAAGGUGUUGCUUACUGUCCUGACUAGGGCUGGAACCAACUAUUAUUUUCAUGAUCGAUUAAUCUGAGGAUUAGUUGUUUGGUCCAGUAAAUUUUAAAUAAUAUUGAUCAGUAUUUUCCCAAACCUUGAAAUUAUGUUCUCAAAUGUCGUUUUGUCCUCAAACCAAAAUUCAUGUAUUUUAAUUAUUUCUUUGUUAUAUGGAGCAAAGAAACCAGAAAAUAUUUUCUGCGAAUUGGAUUCAUGAGUAACAAAUUAAAAUUACUGUAAUUAUUGACACACAAACAUAAGUGUACACACUUACGCUGUCUGCAGAUUGUCACUCGUUUUCUCUGAGGAAAAGUUAGUAACUGAAAAGAUCUGUUCUGACUGAUUUUCGACUUGCCAUCACAGUCAUCUUUUGAUGUAAUUUCCUUUUUCCUCAGCUAAAGGAACUGAGAGGAAGUUAUUUGUUUCUUUGUGGUCAAACCAUGGCCAUCACAGUGAAGCUUUCACUUCACUCAAUCCUCACCGUCUCCUUCAACACAGCGCUGAGUCCAGCUAGUAAACAAAUACCUUUUUUUUACCCGGUAGACCAAUCACAAUGCAGGAGACUUGGAGGGCGACCGGAGCGAAAGAAUAUGAUUAUGACGGUUGACCUUUGUCCUUGUCACAGAUGGUGUGUUGACAACUCAACACGUAGUGGACUGAAUGUUGACCAGACUUUUAUACAGAAUGUUUGUGUGUAAACAUUGUGAUGAUAUUAAAGAUGGGCACUGUUACAAAA